CUGCUCCUACAGAGUUAAGUGAGCAGCCUCUCCCUAGAGUUACAAGGUCGGUCGAAUAACUAAAUAAAGGUAGAAUUAUGGCUGUGAACCUGAGCAAAAACGGCCCAGCCCUCACUGCUGCCUAUAACGAGGUCGUUAAUGAAAAAUCCGACACCGACUGGGCCUUGUUCACUUAUGAGGGGAACACCAAUGAUAUCCGUUUGGCAGAGACAGGAACGGGGGGUUUGGAGGAACUGGUGGAUGAGCUAAACAGCGGCAAGGUCAUGUACGCAUUCUGCCGAGUGAAAGACCCCAACUCUGGUCUACCCAAAUACGUUCUCAUCAACUGGACUGGUGAGGGAGUUAAGGAUGCCAGGAAAGGACAAUGUGCCAACCACGUUAGCACCAUAGCUAACUUCCUCAAGGGCGCCCAUGUGACCAUAAACGCCCGGGCUGAGGAGGAUGUAGAGCCUGACUCCAUCAUGCAGAAAGUGGCCAAAGCAUCAGGAGCCAAUUACAGCUUCCACAAAGAGUCCAACCGCUUCAAGGACAGUGGCCCCCAGGGCCCUGUGGGAUCAGUGUAUCAGAAGACCAAUGCCAUGUCUGAAAUCAAAAAAACAAAUAAAGACAACUUCUGGGCCCAGGCAGAGAAAGAAGAGGAGAGACGACGCCAAGAAGAGAAGAGAAAAGCAGAUGAGGAACGGCAGCGGCUGGAGAAAGAGAGAAAGGAUAGAGAAACGAAAGAGGCGGCGUUGAGAGAGCAGAGAGCGAAAGAGAGGGCCUCCCAAAUAGACGAACAGAAGAAAUACCAACAGCAACAGGAAGCCAAGAGUCAUCAGCAUGAAAGACAGCAGUGGGAGGAGCAGGAGAAAGAGUUCCAGGCGGAGCAGAAGAAAGGCUUCAAUCGUGGUGAAUCUGUGGAGAAAGCCAACGAGGCGGCCUCUGUCAUUUCCCAGCGUUCCGUCAACCCCAGGGAGAUGUUUCAGCAGAGGGAGCGAGGCAUCGUCCCCGGCAACGCAGAAACAACCACCCCCGCCAGCCCUCAGCCAGAAUCCACGUAUGAGGAGCACCUGGACACUGAGUAUGAGGAGGUGGAGCAAGGUGCUGAUGCAGAGUAUGAAGAUGUGCAGCCUGUUGUCAGUGAACCGUACAGUUCUCAUGAGGUGGAACAACCAAAUUAUGAGUCAGUUACAGAGACAAACAUGUACGAGGAGCCCCAACAGACUGAAGAGCAGAACACAUAUGAGUACGCGAAAGAAGACACUAGCGACCGCGGCAUCUGUGCCCGAGCACUAUAUGAUUACCAGGCCGCCGACGACACGGAGAUUUCCUUCGACCCCGACGAUAUCAUCACGGGUAUCGAGAUGAUCGACGAGGGCUGGUGGCGAGGGUACGGCCCCGACGGCCAUUUCGGAAUGUUCCCCGCCAAUUACGUCGAGCUUAUCUAAAAAAAAAUCCUGCAGCAGGCCCCGCCCACAUUAAAACAAGAGGUCCGACCCUGAUUGGGCGAAAUAGGUCCGUUGUGUAAUUGGACAGACUGAAACCAUAAUCGCGGACCAGUACAUAAGAAGAUGUAACCAGUGUGUGGGUGUGGCAAACACAGCCCUAUUUGAGAAAGAUACCCUCAGAG